CGCCAGCGCCUCCCGCCACAGCGCUUGCCGCGCGUCCUCGCCCGCAGCAGCGGCCCCGCGAUGGCUGCUCCGCGCCGCCGGCCGCUCCCGCGCGGGCCCCCGCGGGCGGAGCGCCAGGCUCCCGGGCGCAGCAGCGGGCCCGGCACGCGGCUCCGCGCCCGCCAGCACCUUCACCAUGAUCUGAAUGCACUCGAGGGAGCAGCCGGCCACAGGGAUUAGAACAUUCUGUACUUUGCUUUUGAAACAACUGGCAAAAGAAAAUGGAUGGCUUUUUAGACUACAGUACAAAGAACUUCUCUUCAGCCAAUAUGUCUAAUGUCUUAUCUGGCAAAUUGGACUACCAAUUCAACACCACUGGUAGUCCUCCUUCAAUGUCAAUAAGUAGGCUUUUCCCAGCCCUGUUACAGUGCUUUGGCAUAAUCCUUUGUGGAUACAUAGCUGGAAGAGCCAACAUCAUCACAUCAACUCAGGCCAAAGGUCUGGGAAAUUUUGUCUCCCGCUUUGCACUCCCAGCUUUACUAUUCAAAAAUAUGGUAAUACUUAAUUUUUCUAAUGUGAACUGGUCCUUCCUUUACAGCAUCCUAGUUGCCAAAGCUUCUGUAUUUUUCUUAGUCUGCAUUUUAACAUUAUUGGUAGCCAGUCCUGAAAGUCGAUUUAGCAAAGCGGGUUUGUUCCCUAUUUUUGCAACACAAAGCAAUGACUUUGCACUGGGAUAUCCAAUAGUUGAAGCUCUGUAUCAAGCCACUUACCCAGAAUAUCUCCAAUACAUUUACCUAGUGGCUCCAAUUUCUCUUAUGAUUUUAAACCCUGUUGGAUUUAUCUUCUGUGAAAUCCAGAAAUGGAGACAGAAUCGCAGUACGUCACAUAACAAAAUCAAAAUAGUGGGACUUGCUUUGCUUCGAGUGUUGCAGAACCCAAUAGUAUUCAUGGUCUUCAUAGGAAUUGCCUCAAAUUUUAUUCUUGGCCAGAAGAUUCCAGUAUACCUUGAAAACUUCCUUGAUGGACUAGCCAGUUCAUUUUCUGGUUCAGCACUUUUUUAUCUUGGACUCACCAUGGUGGGACAAAUAAAAAAACUGACAAAGGGUAUGUUUAUUGCACUGAUUCUUCUCAUCACAGCUAAACUACUGAUGAUGCCAUUUCUCUGCAGAGAAAUGGUGGAAUUGUUGGACAAGAGUGACAGCUUAGUCAACCACACCAGUUUAUCAAACUAUGCAUUUCUGUAUGGAAUCUUUCCAGCAGCACCAGGCGUGGCUAUCUUUGCAUCUCAGUUUAACAUGGAAGUAGAAAUUAUUACCUCAGGAAUGGUGAUAAGCACUUUUGUGUCUGCUCCUAUCAUGUACGUUUCUGCUUGGCUGCUAACCAUUCCGUCUAUGGAUCCAAAGCCACUAGCAUCAGCAAUCCAGAACGUUAGCUUUGAUAUCAGCAUUGUCAGCCUUGUCUCCUUGAUAUGGUCUCUAGCUGUCAUUCUUUUAAGUAAGAAGUAUAGACAGCUUCCUCAUAUGCUUACAACAAAUUUACUUGUUGCUCAGUUUAUUGCUUGUAUUGGAAUGGUGACAUGGAAUUUCAUUAUUAAAGAGAGAGACAUCACUGUGCAGAUCCUCAUAUUUAGCUUGCUGUAUAGCUCUCUUUAUAGUACCUACUUGUGGACAGGUCUCCUAUCCUUCUCUUUAUUCAUGUUAAAGAAAAGAGAAGUGUUAAAAAUUCCUGCUGGAUACAUCAUCCUGACAGGAUGGGGCAUCCCAACACUGCUAGUGGGUAUCUUAUUAAUUCUUGGUGAACGUAACAAUGAUAGCAUCGACUCAGCAUUUUUUUAUGGCAAAUACCAGAUAAUUACUACAGCAGUGACUCUAUUCAUCAGCUUAUUGAUGUCAGGCAUUUCCCUUAUGUGCAUGAAUCGAAAUAGACAGGAAUCAAACUAUGAAGUCUUGAACCCAUAUUCAUCUAAUAGCCAAAUAGAAGAACCUGAAAGAGAAAGGAAUGAAGAAAGCCAGGCAUCAGUUGAUGUCUCCCAGACUUUCACAGAUACCUCUGCAGAAAGAGGUUGCUGCUCAUGCCAAACAGCGAAUGGUGGAUUACACUACUCCAGAGAAUGUGAGCCAGUGUCAAAGGCUAAUACUGAUGGUAGUGAGGAUCCUUCAACUGAGACGGAUCAAUGUGCAAACCAGUGUAGUGCUCAAACCUGCAUAUUGGCACAGGAAGAACAACUUCUACAGACUGGAGACAAACAGCUGGCUAGACAUGUGCUGCUGUGUUUACUUCUCAUCGUGGGCCUGUUGGCUAAUCUGUCCAGCUGCUUCUGGUGGUUGUUCAACCAAGAGCCAGGAAGGCUGUAUGUGGAAUUGCAGUUCUUUUGCGCAGUAUUUAAUUUUGGACAGGGCUUCAUUUCAUUUGGUAUCUUUGGUUUAGAUAAACAUCUAAUCAUUCUGCCAUUCAAAAGAAGAUUUGAAUUCCUCUGGGGUGGUAGAACAACAGCAGAACAUACAGAUUCCUCUGUUCCUGAGGAAAUCAGAAUGACAUGCCAACAGUUUGUUCGCUAUCAUAGAGAUCACUGUGUCAGGAGCAUUGUCAAAGACAGAAGGUGUGGUGCAAAGAUCUCAACUGGUAUCUUCUUUGGCUGUGACCUGGUGAACUGGCUUAUCCAAGUUGGCCUUGCCUCUGACCGUGGUGAAGCUGUGAUGUACGGAGACAGACUGGUGAAAGGAGGAGUUGUCCAGCAUAUUACCAGCGAAUUUGAAUUUCGGGAUGAGUACUUGUACUACCGCUUUGUUCGUAAGAGGUCUGCUGUGAAUGAGAGGUACUAACCUGGGCAAGUACUCAAAAGAGAAUCAAGAGCAAGCAAGUUCAUCUCCCCUGCUCUGACUGCUGACACCUGAUGCAUUCUGUUUCUUCUGAUUCCUGCAGAAUUCUGUUUCUCACUUGUAAUGCAUAAGAAAUGCUGGUUCUGCCUGUCUCUCACUCCCAAAAAACUAUAGCUAAUGACCUUCUUUGAAUGCUCACUCACGCCAACAUCUAUGUUAAAUAACGUAACUUAAACCAGUAGAAGAUACUUGUCAUCAGCUAUUUUUCCAGUUUGAACAAAACAAACAGGAGUUAAAAGAUUCCUUCCCUCAUUAUAUCCACGAACAAUAUCAGUGAAACAGCUGAUAGUUGCCAGUGCCAUAUAGAAAAUGUAUGCAUUCUAGUGGGAUUAUAUUCUGUAUUUUACCAUGUUUUAUGCAUUUACUCUGGUGAGUCUUGACCGUUAGUUAAGAUAGUUUCAAUGAGUUUCUCCAUUGAUUUAAUGGAGCCAGUCUUUCCUUCUACUGCCCUUCCACCAUCUUCCUCUUCUAAUCACUUUGUACACUUGCAUAAAAAUUAGGAACUUUUGCUCAACUGUUUAUUUAUUAGCUUAGGUAUUUUAUUCCUCCCAUAAACAUGGAAUCCUUUGCUUUUAAUGACAUAAUUGCUGUGAAUAUGAUUUAUGUCAAAGGAUUAGGAGCAGAAAUUAGCAGCUGAACAAAUAACAACAAAGAUCCUGGUUUUAUACAAAUUAAUCAAGUCUGAAAGAGACAAAACAUGUGCAGAAACAAAAAAAGAUGGAACUAAUUUUAAACAAUUUGUUAUCCAGGGUGUUUUUUCCAUUUGAUGCAUGUAACUCUGUAAAAAGAGAAUGAUUAUCAGAUUAUUCAUUCCUUCUGAGUAUCAAGUCUUUCAUUUUCAAAAUCUGGAGGUAGUAAGCUACUUUGGAGAGUUGAAGCAGUGGGUAUUUAUGCAAAUCAGGUCCAGAACAUUUAACAAAGUAUAAAAACUUUUAAACUAGAUGCUCUGACUUUUAAAUUUAUCUAAAGAAAACUUAUGGAAUUUCUGAACAUGAUUUUAGAGUUUCUAAGGAUUUAAAAAAAUAAUAUUAACUUUCUUGCCAAAUAUUUCUUUCAUGGAUAUAAGGUAAACAAAUUCUUCUAAGACUCGGAUAUCUCCCUAAAAGUUUCAAAUAGUGCUCUGCAUUGUUUGUAUCUUUUCGAUAUACAAAAUGGAGUUUGAGAAUCCAUAUUAUCUGAAAUAUUUUGAAAUGGCUAAAAUAGAAUCGAUGUACAGAAUAACUACUGCCCUUUUAAAACUGCCAGACCAAUACUAAAUUAUUUCCACUAGACUUUUAAUCAACAUUGCAACUGGGGGGGACCCACAAAAUAACCUUUUACUUAAGCAGAGUAGCCAAGUAUGAAAAUUUCCCUUCAAAUCUUUUUUUUAAGGAAUUUUUUCUUUGACAUGAGAAACCAAAUCCUUUUGCUGACAAACAUGUAGUCUUUCUUGCACAUCAGUCUGCAGCAUGCAUAGAUGCAAACAAUGUACUGCUGUGUGCUGUACAAACUGGCGUAUUUUACCUUUUUUGAUAACCAAACAACCUGAAGUUUAUAGUAAUGUGGCUUAGUGUAUGCCACAGAUAAAAUGGAUGCUUUACUCUUGUGACAUUACAACAGCUGAAAACAGAUGUGUUAAACUAUUUCGGAAGAAAUUUGGAAUAUAUAUGCAUAUAUACACAUACACUAUAUAUAUGGAAGCAGUGGUUAUAACUGGCUUCUAAAUGUUGCAGAUUCUCAAUAAAUCUGGAGUUGUUUUA